UUUUUUUUUUUUGGUCUCUCUCUUCCCUGGACACCGUCAUCAUUUUUCUUGGUGCUUUUCAUCUGCUUGCGUUCCUCUGGCUGUCUGCCAUUCGGCCCCUCUCAUCCCUCACUUGUAUACUCGGCUCCCUCUCGCACACAUCCCCCCGUCCGUCCACCUUUCCGCCUCAUCGCGGUUCCCCCGAGAGGCUUCACCCUGGCGGGCGGCAUUCCGGUCAAGGGGGAGGAGGACUUUCUGACGCUGGCCGCUUCGCGCCUGGGCCGCAGGAAGCGUGUGAUUGGCGCGGCCGUUGGCGUCGCCAUGGUUCUGGUUCUGCUGGUGGCCAUUCCCCUGCUGGUCCACACCACCAAGGGUGGAAGCGAAGGGAGCCAUUACGAAAUGCUGGGAAGCUGCAGGAUGGUGUGCGAUCCCUACGCCACCUCUCAGCCAGGCCAGGAAUUGACGGCCGUGUCUCCGCCGCCCCAGGAUUACUCUGGGAAGAAGAUCCGCUCCGGCACCCGGGGCCCCCCAGGGAUCCCCGGGCCCCAGGGAGCACGCGGGCCCCCCGGGGAGCCCGGCAAGCCUGGGCCGCAGGGUCCCCCGGGCCCCGGUCCCGGCGGCUAUUCUCCCUCCCUCUACACUCCCAAAAUCGCCUUUUACGCAGGGCUCCGCAAGCAGCACGAGGGGAGCGAAGUGCUCAAGUUUGACGACGUGGUGACCAACGUGGGCAACUACUACGAGCCCAGCACUGGCAAGUUCACCUGCCCGCUGCCUGGCAUAUACUUCUUCACCUACCAUGUGCUCAUGAGAGGGGGCGACGGCACCAGCAUGUGGGCCGACCUGAAGAAGAACGGCCUGGUAAAAGCCAGCGCCAUCGCUCAGGACGCCGAUCAGAAUUACGACUACGCGUCCAACAGCGUCAUCUUGCAUCUGGACGUGGGCGAUGAGGUGUGCGUGCAGCUGGACGGCGGAAAGGUCCACGGGGGCAACACAAACAAGUACAGCACCUUCUCCGGAUUCCUCAUCUACCCAGACUGACACCCGUCAAGUCAUCUAUUCGCCGUACAUUAAAACGGACUUCAUACAGGAUCGAGAGGCCCGCGGCUCGACACGCACGCACACGCCAAUAUAAUCCUAACAAAUGAGUGGAUGCGGGAUAGAAAAAUGGAAAAUUACAAUUAAGUUGAUUUAUGAGGGGGACAUUUAAUAAGCUCCUUGGUGUGCACUUUGUGGCUUGAAAUCCUACAAAAUAUUUCAAUAUGAUCCAUUUAAAGGUAAAUUGCAUUUCCAAAAGCACACCAUGGGUUAGAUUGUUUGUUGUGCAAUAAUUGUGUUGGGAGUAAUGACAAGCAAAAUCACUUUCUUUGCACUGACUGCAUGCAAAAAUUUCAUUUCACUAUUUCUGCACAAAUAUUCGCAAACUGAACAAGUAAUCAAGAAUUGUGCAAGGUUCGAUAAUACACUAAAGUUUGGGGUUGACUCCAUUCCGAAAAUUUCAACAAUAUGCUCACAAUGAAGGCAAAAACAUGUUCAUUAUUGUAAAAUCCUGUGAAUAACACUUUUUGGCAAAACAACAAAUAUAAAAACUAAUAUUCCAAAUUGAGGCUAUUGACAAGGACAUUUUUUCCACUUUAUUUAGUAAGGGGGUUAUAAAAAAAAAUCAAAAUAAAAAUAUUCUACAAGGGUGCGUCUUAUUCACAGGAGUUUCCAGUAAGACCUUUCCCACAUCAAUCAAACCUAAAUUAUGAUACAAUACUUGUAAAGGCGAAGUAUGGUAUUGAUCUCAUAGAAAUAGAAAUAAGCCCCUGCCGCGACCCAAAAGGAUUACAUGGAUUGCAUAUUCUCAGAUCCUUUUUGCAACUGCACUUAUGUGUGUGUGUGAUUUGUCCACAAGCGCAUGUCCGAACGGAUCCGGUAUAUCGAUAAGGCCCAGAAGGCAGAAGGGACAAACAGGCCCAAUUAAAUGUUGUGCAGUCCUACAAAAAUAUCUUAGUUAUUUUGAAGGAGGAGUGUGUCAAAAUGUCAUUGUCUGUCUGCUGCAAUAUGUCGACGAGGUCGGGUAAACAAUUACUAUUAAAUAAUCUAUGCCUCCA